UGUUUUCGUUGCGUAGAGUGUGAUUUUAGUCUCCACCUUGAUUGUUUUCCUUCAUUGUCGCAUUUCGUCAAACACGUAAGCCACAGACAUUAUCUUACCAUUACUGAUUCUCCAAUCAAGGACUAUUCGGAUGAAGAUGAUGAUUCGGAGUUCUACUGUGAUGCUUUUGAGGAGAGAAGGAAUUUGUAUGAUCGCAGUUAUUAUUGUGCGGAACCGGAAUGCCACUUUGUUGCUCACAUUCCACAUUAAGUGCCUCAUCUCUGAGGUAUAUGCCUAUCUUUUACCCAUUUCUUCAAUGAAUGCAUCAAUAUGUGUGUUCUAUGGUUGCAUCAAAUUGGAAUUAUGAAGUCAUUUCCCAUGGAAGAAGUUGGAAAUAGUUGUGAUUGAUGCCGGUUUUCGAUUGAUCUUUCACUCAACAUUUGGCUUAAAAUUUUAUUUUUUUUAGGACAGGCGGCAAGGCAUUGUGUUACAAUUGUUGUAUUUGGGAAUUGUAGGAAUUCAGGUGUCAUAUAAGGUGGACUAGCAAAAGAGUAAUGCUAAGCAAGUUUUUCUUCCUAUUUGGGCAAGUUCUUUAUUUAAAGCCAAAUUUCUAUCAGAUUCGACACGGGUGAGUAUGUAGUGGAGAGGAGGUUAGUUGGAAGAAAGGGGCAAUAUUUAUGGAAGGGGAUAGACUUGCUCUUAAAAGCAUUUUGUCAAGCCUUCCUACACACUUCAUGUUGUUAUUUAGCAUUUAAUUUUGAUGAUAAAUAGGUUUGAUUUGAACAGCUGUGGAAGAAUUUCUUAAUGGGAUGGUUGGGGAAUGAUUGGUGUGCUCUUUUUUUGGAGACAUGCACAUUAAAGAGUUAGGGAAUGUGGUUGUCAAGAUUUUGCCAUUGCUGGAGGAAGAAUGGUCCUUGGCUUCAAAAAUUGUUAAAGAGAAAAGUGAUAAAGAGGUGAUCUCCUCUCUAGUGGAAGAACCAGUCCCUGUUGCAGGUGUAAGUGUUGGAAUUGAAGCUAUGGAGAACCCUACUCUUGCUGAACUUGAUGUGGAAAUUGCAAAACUCCAAGUGGAGAUAGAGGUUCUAACAGCAAAAUUGGGGGCACUUGAGAUGAGACGCACACGUCUUGCUGCAACUACACUUUAACAAUACUAUAUAUGUGUGUAUAUAGGGUGACCAUGGGUUCAAUGGUAAAAUCUUACCUUCAUAACUUUAGAGUGCUGCUAUUAGCACCUGCUCAAAUCCUUUGGACCCUUCAUUUUAUAAUUUUUUUUUUAUUACAAUUAUACCUUAAAGUAAAAUUACAUUAAAAGACAUUAUUAAAUAGAACACUCACCUAUUAAUAAGAACUAAUACUUUAUAAUAUUGGACACUCACCUCCACCCUCAUCCCCACCCCCAACUCCAACUACACGUAUUCCAUGUUUGUAAACCCUAAACCUAUUAGUUUUCCUAAUCAACUAAUAUAAACCCUAAAUCUAUUAUUUUUCAUAAUCAUCUUAAAUCCUGAAUGUGUCAUCUUCAUCACCAUCAUCAACGUUGUUGAACUUGAAAGUUUUGCUUCAAGUAUAACGUAUACUUCAUCACUUAUUUUACUGUGUAGAGUAACGGAGGACGAGGACAACAAUUCUAGUGAGACCGGCGUUCCAUUAAUAAGUUUAUCUGUCUUGUAUUAACAUUCUCGGUCGUUUUCAGUCAUUCUUGUUUCGUUCGAGCUGUUCGGUACUGGUUUGCUGACUGUUAGAAUUAUGUUCGGUAAUACAAUACUGAACAUAAUCCUUUCAUUCAAUACAUAGGUUCCGAACAUUAAUGCAGAUAGUCA